AUGAUUUCUCCACCAAAACCAUGACCAUUGAAAUAUUCUUAAACCAAUGAAACCAAUUGGUUUUCAAUAUUCAUUUUCAUAAAAAAUGGGUUUUCUGUAAACAAAUCGUACACCACAUUUUUUGAGUAAGAAGAAGACGCCAUUAGAAAGCAAGAGAAAAACAGAGCAGAACAAAGCAGAGAGAAGAGGAAAAUUCGAAGGCAAAAUGGGAAGGAAAGGCCACUUGGUUAAAAUUCCCACCUCGAAAUCUCCGGUCAAACUCGAAACCAACGGUCCUUUAUCACAAAAUCCUAGCGUCCUUUCAAUGGAUCCACAGAUGCAUAUAUUUGGGCGUGAAAUGUGGCUUGAUUUCCAGAGUUCAGUUACUAAACUUCAGGGCAAAUCAUACACACAGAGAGAGAAAAAAGAGAGAGAAAGACUGAGAGAUUUCAAUAACCCACCUGCGUCUCAAACCCUACUUCCAUUAAUCACAGGAGAAAAAAGGGAUUAAAGAAUGGCGCAACCGAAUUCGGAAGACAAAGUGAGUGAAAACCCUGAAAUGGAGGUCAAAAAAGAAAUUAUCUAUGGCGAUGGCGAUGGAAGUAGCAACAGUAACAUUGCUAAUUUGGCCUUCAGAUUCAAUGCUCAAGCGCCCGAGUUUUUCCCUAGAACGCAAACCACCCAGAUGCCUGUUACCGGCUAUUUUCACCCUUAUUUCCAUUUUCUUGGUGGGGGUCCUGCUUCUUCAGAUUGGUUCUUUAUUGGGGAUCAAGAACCUGCUUAUUUGAUCCCUAAUCCCAACAUUCAGCUGCCUAAUUUCUCUAAGCAUGCCCGUUCUGAAGAAAUUCAGCAAAAAAUCAUCAAACAGGUAGAAUAUCAGCUCAGUGACAUGAGUCUUCUUGCAAAUGAGACUCUUUCAAAGCACAUUAGUAAAGAUCCUGAUGGUUAUGUUGCGAUUUCUAUUCUUUCGGCGACGAAAAAAGUGAAGUCCCUCUCAACCAACAACAGUUUCAUAGUUCAAGCUCUCCGCUCCUCUUCAAGGCUUGUUGUCAGUGCUGAUGGUAAGAAAGUUAGGCGUAAGGUUCCAUUCACAGACAAGGACAGAGAGGAAUUGCUGUCCCGCUCAGUUGUUGCUGAGAAUUUGCCUGAAAAUCACUCUCAUCACAACCUGGAGAAAAUAUUUAGUGUGGUCGGAAGUGUGAAGACUAUCCGAAUCUGCCAUCCCCCGGAUUCAAAUCCCUGCUGCUCUAAAGGUGAAUUGCUCAUCAGUAAUAAGCUUCAUGCACUUGUGGAAUACGAGUCGCCAGAGUUGGCUGAAAGAGCGGUUGAGAAGUUAAAUGAUGAGAGAAACUGGAGGAAAGGACUCCGAGUUAGGUUAAUGCUCAGACGCUCGCCGAAGUCUGUUCUCAAGACUCGAAAAUCAGAAUUUGAUAGCAUUUUGGAUGAUGAUGAUUCACCAUCUCCUGUAUCCGUUGAAGAGUCCUCGCUGCCAAAUAUCAGUGACCUGAUUGUUGAUUGCAAUUCUGAAGAGAACUCUACAUCAUCUAAGAAAAGCUGGGGUCGAGGACGUGGGAAGGGACGUGGACGAAUUCAUAGCCAUCUCGACCGUAGCUAUAGCUUGCCAGUUACAUCAUCUCUGCAGACGAGUGGCCAGGUUUUGUGUGAAGCAUCUUCCAAACUUACUUCAAAGAGUCCAAGAAUGCCUGAUGGAACUAAAGGUUUCACUAUGGGAAGAGGCAGGCCGUUCAGCUCUAAACCAUUAUUCAAUAGGCUUGUUGACUGAUAGACAUGUAGGGAAAUCUCUGUUUGUUAAGUAGGGUGGAAGGAACUAUGACAUUUUUUUUAUGAGACCAUCACAAUUUUGCUGCUACAUUAUUUAUUUAAAUUUUGGUAAUAAUGGAGAUGUUUGAUAGGGUUUUGGUUACUGUGCAA